AUGUCUGAGGAAGCCGCCGUCGAAGCGCCACCAGCUGAAGCUCCACCAGCAGAAGCCCCUGCCGCCGAUGAAGUCAAGAUUCCUAAGAUCAAGGGUCAUUCAAUGGAAGGCUUGAGCGAAUUCGCGCGACAGCGAUUGGAGAAGGAUCUUAAAGAGUUGGAACGAAUGAUCAAAGAUCAUUUUGAGGCUCGAAAGAAGGAUGAAGCUGAUCUUGCUGGACUCCAGGAGCGAAUCGAAAAACGAAAAGUCUACCGUGAAGAGCAGAACAAGAUCCGAGCUGAGCGCGAAAAGGCUCGCCAAGAAGCUGCUAUCGAAGCCAAGAAAAAGCAGGAAGAACUCGAAGAGCGACGAAAGAAAGAGGAAGAAGAGGCCAAGAAGAAUGCUCUUGCAGCCAUGUCUAUGAACUUCUCUGGCGGUGCUGCCAAGCGAGAGCGAAAGGCUGGUGGCGGUAACAAGGCCAAGGAGCUCAAGAAGAAGGUCCUCGCCGAGCGAAGAAAGAAUCUUAACGUCGAUCACUUGACUGGCGAAAAGCUCCAAGAAAAAGCCGUCGAACUUCAAAAAUGGCUCGUUUCCCUCGAAGAAAGCCGCUACGACCUCAACGUCCAGUUCAGCCACCUCAAAGACGACCUCAAACAAAUGCGAACCCGAGUCAACGAUCUCAUGGGCAAGAAGAAAUCGACCAAGGUCAACGUGCGAAAGUAA